AUGGCAAAAUCAUCAUCCAAAGACACUUCUAUACGUACACGACGCAAGCGUACCCAUCUUAACUUUUAUCAGUUGGCCAUCUUACAGCAAUCCUAUGACAACAAUCCACUUCCAGAUAAUGCUAUACGUAGUCAUCUUGCACGUCAACUUGGGGUUACCGAUCGCACUGUCCAAAUAUGGUUCCAGAACCGCCGUGCCAAGGAACGACGUUCAAUGAAAUCAGGCGAUAACAAUCGACUUGAUCACAUCCAGCAUUACGAUAAAGAUACAGUAACGCGCUGCCAACCCACAUUUCGUUCACUCGUCACCCCUGAGCAAUAUGAACAUCGACGAUCCAUGACCAAGCAGAGAUGUAAUAAGAAACCUGCUACUGCUACCUAUCCCCAACAUCAAUCAUUGUUGACGUCUCCAUCAUCAAGCAACCUGGUUCCUGAAAUGGCCCAAGAUGAGCCUGUCCCUGCAGGACAAUUUUCCUCCUGUUUAGAUACAUCACCAUCACCACCACAACAAUCCUUGUCAUUUAUGGCACAUAUGCUACGUAUUGGCGUGUGGUCCCGAUUUGCACAAGGUGAUGGUUGGGAUCUCAAGUGCCAUAUUGACCCCAUAACGCGUGAAAUGGUAUGGCAAGUACAAGUACAAGGUGGAGAUUUAUUCCGGGUCCAUAUUUCAUUUGAUUCCAUCCAGCAAAUACGGCUGAUAAGUGGUAAUCAACAGCAACAAGGUCUUGAGAUUGAGGUACACGACCCAAGCAUGGUGCUUUUCUCGAUGCGACGAGUGCAAAUGGAUGCGCGUUGGGUGCUUUGCAGUGACUUUACAGAGAAUCAACAAGCAAGUCGAGAGCGCGUUCACAUCCUGCAAGGCAGCUAUGACCACUUUCAACACGUGCUUUUCAAUGCUACAGCAUUGGCACCUGACCUUGCAUCUAAACUCUUGCUUGUGCCGCCUUCCAUUUGCCGUGACCAAACGUUGUCUCCCUCAGUCACCCCCGAACCUUUGAUUACUAUAACCCCACCCUUCUUACCCGGUUGGAGUGCAGGCACCAACAACAUGGAUCGGCAAUAUCAACAAAAGAUGCAUGAAUGGGGAUACAGCAAUGUUCAUUCCAUAGAUAAUGCAAUGCUAUUUCUUUCUCCUCCUUCAUUUUGA